CCAGCCCACAGAAUCCUCUGCCACCAUGCCCUGUGUGCACUAUAAAUUUUCCUCUAAACUCAGCUAUGACAUGAUCGUCUUUGAUGGGCUCCAUAUCUCCCUCUGCGACUUAAAGAAGCAGAUUAUGGGCAGAGAAAAGCUGAAGGCUGCCAAUAGCGAUCUGCGGAUCUUCAACGCAGAGACUGAAGAAGAAUAUACUGAUGACAGUGCGCCAGUUCCUAAAUACUCUUCUGUGAUUGUCAGAAGAGUUCCUAGUGGAGGCGUUAAGUCGGCAAGGAAGACACACGCUCUGUGUAGAACUGAACCAGCGAUGGGAACCACACAGGCAACCGAUGACUCUUGUGCAUCUAUUUCUCUGGCCCAGCUGACAGAGACUGCCAAUCUGGCUGAAGCCAAUGCUUCGGAGGAAGAUAAAAUCAAAGCGAUGAUGUUGCAAUGUGGCCGUGAAUACGAAACAAUCGGUUCCGUGAAGAAACCUCUGGGUCCACCACCUCCGUCUUAUACCUGUUUUCGUUGUGGUGUCCCUGGUCAUCAUAUUAAGAGUUGCCCAACAAACGGGGAUAAGAACUUUGAAUGUGGCCGGAGAAUCAGAAGGAGCACUGGAAUUCCUACCAGUUUUCUGACUGAGGUGAAAGAUGCUCACACGAAGGGUGCAUUGCUCACGAGCACUGGAAAAUACACAAUCCCAACCCUAGAUGCAGAGGCCUAUGGGAUCGGGAAGAAAGAGAAGCCACCCUUCUUACCAGAUGAACGGUCGUCGUCAUCUUCAUCAUCACCAGAAGAAGAAAAUCCUGUUCCGGAGGAGCUCCUGUGCCUCAUCUGCAAGGACAUCAUGGUGGAUGCUGCUAUCAUCCCCUGCUGUGGAAACAGUUACUGUGACGAAUGCAUUAGGACAGCACUCCUGGAAUCAGAUGAACAUACGUGUCCAACAUGUCGUCAGAACGAUGUUUCUCCGGACGCUUUAACUGCCAACCAGUGUUUAAGACAGGCUGUUAAUAACUUCGGAAAUGGAACUGGCUAUACCAAAGGACCUGGCAAACGCUUCCCUCCACCCCCACCCCCAAUACCACCACCGAGACCGCUGAUUCAGAGGAGCAGGCAGCCUCUGGUGGGAACUCGGGUAGGGAGACAGCAGGAUCCUCUGCGGAUCCCAGUGACAUCUUCCUCAGCACUCCCAGCUCCCUCUGUAUGUUGGUUAACUUCAAGUCCGCCCCCCUUGGCUCCCUCUUUGCCUGGAACUGCAUCCUCUGUGCCAGCUCCGGUACCUGAUUUGACUGCUGCAGUGUCUGUACCAGUCCAUUUGGAAAAGUCAGAUGGCCCUUUGCGGGAUUCAGCUGAUCAAUUAUCGCCAGCUGCAGCGGUGGAACCAGAACAUUCCAAGGGAGCCUCCUGGGUUGCAACUGCUGCUCUUACUGAGGAAAAGGGUCACGAGGUGCCUGUCCUUGCAACUCCGUCUAGCUUGGCACAGUCAUCAUUGCAGGGCCAGGGGAUCCCCACAGCUGGUCCGGUCAGCCAAAAUGCUGCUGCUCCUGCAGGUGGUGGACCACCAGGUUGGGGACAUUUCAGGGAGCUUGGCGACCCGGUUCUUCCACCACAGCCAGUCAGAAGAGGGGAAGGAAGUUGUUACAGGAGCACAGAGCGCCACAGGCCACAGCACAGCCCAAGAUCCCAGAGGGCUCAAGGCCCAUCCCUGGCAGCAACUCCAGUCUCUGUGCCUGUUCCUCCAGGUGUCCCUCCCCCACACUUCUCUCCUGGCUUCCCUCCUGAACAGCCCCCGCCUUCAGGAUAUAGUGUCCAUUGCCCAGGGUUUCCACCAGCUCCUGCCACUCUAUGGAAACCUUUGGUAUGGUCAUCAGGAGUGCAGACUGCUCACCCAAACCCCAUGCCUCCAACACCAACACGGCUUUUGUCCAGGGAAGAAUUCUAUAGAGAGCAACGACGACUGAGGGAAGAGGAGAAGAAGAAGUCCGGGCUAGAUGAGUUCACCAAUGGCUUUCUUGAGGCGUUGUCGGGGUGUGAAAAGAUUCAGAGGAAGCCAGGGCACUCCUUCUCCAGGUCUAAAUCUCCCUGGACUGGCUCAUCGGAUUCAAGAAGUCCCUUUGCUUCUUCCUCAAAGUCAAGAUCUGGCUCCACACGGUCAAGCUCUUCCUCUGGAUCCUGCAGCCGCCCACACUCUGGCUUCUCUUCACCAUCACCUCGGUACCCCAGGAGAGGCAGAGGCGAGAGCCGUCCUCACGGUUCAGGGUCCAGAUCUCGACGAUGUCAUGGAUCUAGGUCAAGGUCUCCUCCACACAGACGUUAUCGUUCACGCUCAAGAUCUCCUCAGAGAAGGUCCACUCCCUGUGACAUCCAAACCUAUUAAGGGCAGAGCGUCGUCGUCGUCAACCUUAGAGACCACUUUGAGAAAGAGCGCUCCCGGGAAUGGGAGGGGAAAUGCACCCACAGUGGUAACAACAAGGACUACCGAGGGGAUGCUGUGGGGGCACAGGCUAGACCCUCAGCUACCAGAGAAGACUUGUCUCCAUAGAGACUUUCACCUCUUAAUAUCAGCAAUUCACCCUUCACAAGGGAGCCCAGAGAACACUGUGCUCCUGGACAAAGUCAUAGACUCAGAAAUCGAGGAGACAACUAUCCAGGAAAGCUUUCCUGCAGAGAGAGUCACAAUCGCAGAGAUAACAUCAAAUGGAAAAGGGACGUGUCUGCUAUAGCCAAGAAAGAAAAUGUUUUCAAACCUUCUAAAGGACCCUGA